AUGAGUGGGCAGAGCCCGGAGUACGGCGCGUGCUCCAAGCCCAAUCCGAAAGAGAAGGAUGUGGCCCCUCCUGCUCAGGCCAAGCUGAUGGUCCAUGGGCCCAUCUUUGUGGAAAACCCAGACGGAUCCAUAACAGAGGCUGUGCCCUCUGAUGCGAAACAAGCCAGGCCAAAGACGGAUCGGGGGCGACGUGAUUCCAAUGCUGAUGGAGAUAGCGACAGCAGCGGAAGCGGUUCCAACGCCAAUGGGAUCAGCAUGACCCAGGAGGUUGAGUUCCUGUACUCGCGACAUGAGCGAGUCUUUAUGCUGCUCCUCUUCAUACAGUUCGUUUUAGAGUCUCUUUAUGCUGCCGUCUUCGUGGUGCGGAUGCGGCCGUCCAUGUUUGAGCUCGAAGCCAUGUACAACUGGGAGAUCUCUCCAAAAACAGCAGAGGCAAUCCUGUGGACGACCUUGGUAAUCCAGGUUUUGCGUUCCCCUGCAGGCUCAUCCCAGGUCGUUUUUGGUAUCGUCUACUAUGUGAUGGCAGCGCUAUCCAUUUGGACGAAGAGGCCAAAGCACUUCCAGAUGUUUGCCAAGACGUGUCUGUGUGGGGUGGUGGGCUUGGUUCUCCUCGCGUACGCGGACAAGUUCAACCUCCCAAUUUUCUUCUUACGGCUGCUUGCAUACAUCUACGCCAGGUUCCUGCAAGGUCUCACAGCCAGCAUCCUUUUACUGCCUCCGGCGAACAACGCCAACCGCAAUGGCUAA